CACAAUUGACAUCUCCAGCAGUUCACUCCUUACAUUCUCUCUCACUUUCGUUCUUUACUUUCCAUAAUCACAUUCGUUUCAUACCAUAGGCACAGGAUGUCUCCUUCCAACACCCUCCUUCUGAGCGCCGGUCUGCUCGCACAGCUCGCCAGCGCCUACACCCAGGUCAAUGUCGCCUCACCUUUCAUGUACAAGAACGUUGACCCCAUCGUGUUCCCUGGCUCCUACAGCAAGUCUCACUUGCACUCGUUCUUCGGCUCCGACGCCGUUACCGCCAACACAAACACCUCUGCCGAGCUCCAGGCCGGCUGCACCAACGCCCAGAACCCCAAUGACUUGUCCGUCUACUGGAUUCCCACAGCUCUUUACACUGCUGAUGGCUCAACGUACGAGCCUAUCCCCGUCAUGCGCUUCAGUGCGUACUACAACCUCGGCGAGACACCCGCCGAAGUCGCCAUCCCACAGAACGUGAAGAUGGUUGCCGGAGACGCCUCCGCCACAACUCAGAGCGCCAUGCCCGCCGACGCAAAGGUCGAAUGGUUCUGCGAAAGCGACUCCGCCUCAGCGCUCGACAGCAACGGUUUUCCCUCCAAGACCUGCUCGACCCACCUCCAGCAGCUCCUCUAUUUCCCUCAGUGCGUCAACGAGGAGACUCUUGAGACAGCGUACAAGUCCAAGACGUACGGCACCACGAACUACUGCCCCAACGGCAUGAAGUCGAUGCCCCAGCUACGCUUCUCCAUCCGCUACGACCUCCGCAAGGUCCUGCCCAACGGCUGGUCCGGCACCUUCCCCGGCAAGCUGGCCUGUGGUCCCGCUUGGUGCUCGCACGGCGACUUCAUCAAUGGAUGGACUGAGGAGGCUGCUACCAACAUGAUCGCCACUACCUCGGAGAAGCAGCACUUUGCCGCCGUCGACGGCAAGCUUGGAAAGAACGGUGCGCAGCCGACCUGCAAGUCUGCUGAUGCGGAGCCCGAUAAGGGUACUAGCGAUUAUGCUGAGAGCGUCAAGCAGAUGAGCAAACGCGAGGUCCCUGCUCUUGGCUGGGUUAGUAGGACGAGGUUUGCUAAGUACUUGUAGAUGGUGAAAUAUCCAUCGGUGGAGAACAAAACAAUUCUCUUGUACAUACUAGUCUGCAUCGACUUUGCGAGCAGAGGAUAUAGUUGGAAGCUUUUGAACAAGAUAUGAAAUAACGUCAG